GUGUGCACAACCUGGUCCAACUGCAAAACCAAAGAAAUUUUCGAGUGUUACCGAAGCCUCGUUUCCAUCUCCACUCCAUUUCAAAGAGGAAGGCUAAACCUACCAAUAGCCACCAUGUGCUCAAGGGAGCUAACUCCUCUGUCCGCCCAUUUCAAAAACAUGAACUUUCUCCCUUGAACUGUGCCAGGGCAUCCGAAUCCAAACUACAGCUGAUGUCGAAAUCACAUGUUUAUGCAAUCGGUGAGAAAAUUGAAGUCAGGAUACAAACUUUCAACGGGCGCGGUUUGCCGAUGACAAGUGGCGGUGACCUUGUCCGCGUGUGGAUAAAGGAAGUAGCAAAAGGCGCAUGCGCAGCAGGAAGUGUGAUUGAUAAUCAAAAUGGAACGUAUACGGCAACGAUUAUUCCAAGGUGGGCUGGCAACGUGACAGUAAUGGCAGCUAUAGCAGCACCAAAGGAGUUGAUUAAUAUGUUUCACCGGGUGUUCCACAGUAACGGUAGUCUGAACACCAUGAUGGCCAGGUUUGAAACGGGCGGCGUUAGCGAAGAAACUCCCUGCCUUCCAUCCCCUCAAAUCCGAGGGUUCAGCAAGUUAUGCAACUUGAGCAAGGAUGUCGGAGGUCUACCGUUCUACUGCGGACACCCCGUGAAUCUACAAUGUCACAAUUGGGUUGCUGUACGUACACCCCCUGGGCAGGCAGGAAGGUUCACACAAGAUGAGAAGAAAAUGUUUAUAAAAGAGCUGUUUCAUCAGAAUAUACCGGGACGGUUAGAGGUGAAGGUCGUCAAGGGAAAGUCGAAACAAGAGGGGUCUAUUGGAACACGAAUAUCUACGUACCGUUCGACGUGGUCACAAACACAUGGUUAUUUUCUGAACUGGAACUGGCAUCAAGGUGAAGGUCAUGCCUUGUCAGGUGAAGGUUAUCUGGAAACAAACAACACAUUCGUGACACGACUAACAACGUGCCUGGCUAAUAGACGUCUGUGGCUAAUCGGAGAUUCGACCCUCAGACAGUGGCUUGAAUUCAUCUCACAAAAACUACACAUAGUAAGAAAAUAUGCAUCCGGAGAAAUUUUACACCCACAUAAGCCUCUUUUGGCUGAGGACAGAUCUCAUAACAUGUCCAUAUUUUGGGGCCCGCAUGGACUUCCGUUUCACCACGGGUCGAUCUGGCAUAGCCCGGAUGUCAACAAAGCUGCGCAUGAGUAUUUAGAUGCUGUAACACCAUUUUCAACAGACAUAUAUAUCAUACACCUGUAUGUACAUUUCAAUGCGUUUCCGGAAGGUGUAUUCAGGUCUCAUGUCAGAAGACUCGCAGGAUCGCUGGAACAUUUAUUUGCUCGAGCGCCAAAGGUCAAGGUCGCCAUUAAAGGACCUCAUGCUUUUCAUGGUUUGAACAAGGCGGGAUUUGUGGACGAUUAUUUUGGACCUGUGUAUGAUUCGAUUUUAAGAUCGGAGUUGCAGCAUUUACAAGAUCACGUGAUAUACUUGGAUUACUGGGAUAUGACGGUGGCUUGUGAGAAUGUUCAUAUCCAUCCAAAUGUUACCAUUGUACAAGCUAUGAUGGAUGUAAUGAUUAAACAUGUAUGCAGGUAAUGGCAGCGUGGAGGUCAAUUUGAUUUUCAGGGGAGGGGGUAUCCAGUGGUUAAAGCAUUCGUUCGUUAUACUGAUGGUACAGGUUCGAUUCCCGACAUGAGUACAAUAUAUGGAACCCACUUCAGGCAUCACCGUCAUGAUGGAGUUCCUUCCGUUCCCCCAACCCUAAACCUAA